UUCGCCGCAAUUAUCCAAAUUCAAGUUCGCACCAAAUUUUCCUCCCAAAAUGUCAGGCCGUGGAAAAGGUGGGAAGGGUUUGGGAAAGGGAGGAGCUAAGAGGCACAGAAAGGUUCUUCGUGACAACAUUCAAGGAAUCACGAAACCUGCGAUUCGUAGGUUAGCGAGAAGAGGUGGCGUGAAGAGGAUCAGUGGUUUGAUUUACGAGGAAACCAGAGGAGUUCUGAAGAUAUUCUUGGAGAACGUGAUUCGCGAUGCUGUAACCUACACUGAGCACGCUAGGAGGAAAACUGUUACUGCUAUGGAUGUCGUUUAUGCUCUCAAGAGACAGGGAAGGACCCUCUAUGGCUUUGGAGGCUAAAGAAUAGAAUCUUUAGGUUUAAUGACUGUGUUGCAGGAUAAAACAUUGGUUCUUUUGAAUUUGCGUGAAGUUUAGUUUAGGUUUGGUUUGUUCUGUAACAUACGAAGCUAUGUUUGCUCAGAAAAUGUAAAACUUCAAUUGAAAUCUAAAUGAAGGAGUGUUGUUUUCGUGGCGCAUA